UCAAGCGCCCAGCAAAUCUGAUCAGCUACAGCGACGAAAAUGUCCACUGCCACGAGAAUUAUGUCCACAUCGUGGCGAUCAAGCAGGCGACAAGGCACAGCGUCAUAGCGUCAAAGAUCCUUCGGAGCGAGCUCAUGGGCAAGAUGCGAAGACUUCGAAGGAGCAAACUAGCAAACAACAUGCAGGCGAAGAUAUUCUAGCGGCAGCGGCCCAGCGCGUUCUCAAGUCCCGUGAGAUGAAGUCCUCACUGGAAGUAGAUCCGACAGCAGAUGACACUAACAUGGUGUCUGAUCCAGCAUGCGCCGAACAAGGACAACCUUUCGAGAAGGGCAUGGGCUCCGAAACCGUAAGAUCCAGCCAAGGACAGGCGUCUAGUGACACGGCUCAGCCAAGGACAAUUUCCGCAGGUUCGCUUUACGAGGGCAAGAUCGUGAACCUGGCAAUUCA